AUGAGCGACCAGGAGGACAUGCGAUUAGACAACUCAGUACAUUCUGAUAGAAAACGAGACAGAGAUAGAAAAAGAUCACGCUCUCCUCGCAAGAGAUCAAGAAGUCGUGACCGCGAGCGCAAAAGAUCUAGGUCAAGAGACAGAUCCAGAGAAAAAUCACGUGACCACAAACCAAAACGUUCACGCAGCCGAUCGCCAAAAAAGAACAGGAGAAAGAAGCCUUACAAGUACUGGGACAUUCCCCCACCUGGCUAUGAGCAUCUCACACCAGCACAGUACAAGGCCAUGCAGGCUUCCGGCCAGAUUCCAACAGAGCCUUUGUUGAACGCCCCAGCUGUUGGGCCAGUUAGCACCGACGCCAGUCUCAAUUUUGCUGGCAGCUCCCUCAGCCGUCAAGCCCGCAGGUUAUAUGUAGGGGGUAUUCCGUUUGGAAUGACCGACGAGGCCAUGAUGGACUUCUUCAACCACCAGAUGCGUAUUACAGGCCUGGCUCAGGCAGAAGGAAACCCUGUAAUUGCCGUGCAGAUAAAUCUGGACAAGAAUUUUGCUUUCCUUGAGUUCCGUUCAGUAGAUGAAACAACACAGGCGUUGGCUUUUGAUGGUAUAAGUUUUCAGGGGCAGCCGCUGAAAAUCCGGAGGCCCAGCGAUUACAAACCAUUACCUGGUAUGGCAGAGAACCCAACAUUAGCUGUGCCAGGUGUCGUGUCUACAGUUGUCCAAGAUUCAGCUCACAAAAUAUUUAUUGGAGGGCUGCCAACAUAUCUCAACGAAGAUCAGGUGAAAGAAUUACUGGUCUCCUUUGGGCCUCUCAGUGCAUUUAAUCUGGUCAAGGACAGUGCCACAGGUCUCACCAAGGGAUUUGCUUUCUGUGAAUAUGCCGAUGUCUCCGUUACAGAUCAGGCUUGUGCUGGUCUGAACGGUAUGCAGUUAGGAGAUAAAAAACUCAUCGUCCAGCGGGCCAGUGUCGGGGCCAAGAAUGCCCAGCAGCAGGCGCCUGUGCAGCUUCAAGUGCCGGGGUUGAACCUCAACCAAGGGGCAGGCCCAGCAACAGAGGUCCUGUGUUUGAUGAACAUGAUCACACCCGAAGAGUUGUUGGACGAGGAUGAAUAUGAGGAUAUUGUUGAGGACGUGAAAGAAGAGUGUGGCAGAUACGGAGUUGUGAUGAGCCUCGAGAUCCCGAGACCCAUCAAAGGAGUGGAAGUUCCAGGAGUGGGCAAGAUCUUUGUGGAGUUCAACUCUAUCAUAGAAUGCCAGAAGGCCCAAGCAGCGCUGACUGGCCGCAAGUUCUCUAACCGUGUCGUCGUCACCUCUUAUUUUGACCCAGAUCGCUAUCAUCGCCGAGAAUUUUAA